AUCAUUUCCCUAAACAACUUAGGACCAAAUUGUACUUCUGUUCCUCAGUUCUACUUUUUUGUGGAGAGAGAAACACAGCUCUUGACUCUAUUUUUACUUUAUUUUUUUAAGCACUGCUGACAGAGUUAAGAUAACUUUUAUUAUACCAUGUAUAACUAUGAAAUAGCAUUAACAGGGGAAGGAUGUAAUAAAUUAGACAUCUCUUCAUUUUAGAGAGAGAAGAUGGAAACAUCAUUGGUUUUCUUUCCUCAAUUAAAUAUGUGUGAGUCAAAAGAAAAAGCUUUUUUCAAGUUAAUACAUGGUUCAGGAAAAGAAGAAACAAGCAAAGAAGCGAAAAUCAGAGCUAAGGAAAAAAGAAAUAGGUUAAGUCUUCUUGUGCAGAAACCUGAGUUUCAUGAAGAAACCCACUCCAGUAGAUCUGGGCACUUGGCCAAAGAAACAAGAGUCUCCCCUGAAGAAGCAGUGAUAUGGGGUGAAUCAUUUGACAAACUGCUUUCCCAUAAAGAUGGACUGAAGACUUUUACCACAUUCCUUAAAACUGAAUUCAGUGAGGAAAACAUUGAAUUUUGGAUAGCCUGUGAAGAUUUCAAGAAAAGUAAAGACCCUCAACAAAUUAUCGUUAAAGCAAAAGCAAUAUAUGAGAAAUUUAUACAGAAUGAUGCUCCACAAGAGGUUAACCUUGAUUUUCACACCAAAGAAGUCAUUACCAAGAGCAUCACCCAACCUACCCUACACAGUUUUGAUGCUGCGCAAAGCAGAGUGUAUCAGCUUAUGGAACAAGACAGUUACACACGUUUUCUGAAAUCUGACAUAUAUUUAGACUUGACAGAAGGAAGACCUCAGAGACCAACAAAUCUUAGAAGACGAUCACGUUCAUUCACCUGUACGGAGUUCCAAGAUGUAAAGUCAGAUGUUGCCAUUUGGUUAUAAAGAAAAUUAAUUGUGUACAUUUUGGUGGCAAACCUGUAAUCUGCUUUUAAAAUAUAGUGUGUUUACUUCUAACAAAUGAGUACAUGUUUUAAAAUAAAAUGCAUUGUGUCAAAGGAUUUUAAAAAUGGAAAUCAAAACUUAACAUUAUGACAACACAUACUAUAUCUGCCAAGCCUCUCUUUGACUUAAUUCCAGUCAUAAUCAGAAAAACAUAUUACUUAAUGAAGUAAUAAGAAUGUGUUAUAAGACCAUAAAGUUGAGUUAAAGUUAAGCUUUUGAAAAAUUGUCUAUACUUAGACCAUAUAUCUACUUUGGAUAAUUUUUCUACAUAUAAAAAAAGUUAAUGUUCAGAUAUUGUAUAUUCAGAACACAUUCUCCAUAAUGACAAAGACUCUUUCGAUCUCAGUCAUAGAGAGUAGAAGUGAUCUGGUUCUUAUAAUAGGAGAGGACAAUCAUCGUUCUUGGGUUACUAACUCUGAUUCAAGAAUAAACAAUGUAUCACUUCUAGUUAUAAGCCAGAAACAGGAUCUUUGGGGAAGACACAUUCACCUCUUUAGAACUUCCAGGUUAAACAUGACCUACAUUGAUAACUGAAAAUGGGAUCGACAUUUGGGUUCAUCCUUAAAUGAACAGAGGCUUACCCAGUAAGCGGAACACAUUUCUAGUAGUCGUAGAAACCUGACCAUAUUAUAUAUAGCUCCAAGGUUGGGACUACGAGCAUCUUCUCAUCUGCUAGCAGAAAUUGCUACUAAAGUAGUGGGCAAUUAGUAGUUUGGAUGAGGCCCAGAGGAAGUUUAUCCCAGAAGUAGUUAGGUUUCUUUUUUGGACUUUUAGGACUGGGGUAAGAAUUAGAAAUGAGAGGAGGUAAGAAACAAGGAGUCCAAGACUCGGGAGACUUGUGCAUCUGCUACAUUGUAUCCUGA